UUCUGGGACCUGGACUUGCAUCCGCCUCGCAUCCGCCCCGCAUCCAUCAGGACGCUCACCGAACGGACGGCGCCAUGACCAGCUUUUACGACGAGAUCGAAAUCGAGGACAUGGACUUUGACGAUGAGUCCAAGACCUACUUCUAUCCCUGUCCCUGUGGCGACAAGUUCCAGAUCACACUGGACGAGAUUUACGAUGGUGAAGAAAUUGGCCGAUGUCCGAGCUGCUCGCUCAUCAUCAGAGUCAUCUACGACCCCGACGAAUUCCAGCGAGAGGAUGACGAUCCCGAGUCCACCUUCCAGAUCCCAACCUCAGUCAUGGCUGCCUGAGCCUCAACGCAGCGUGGGUUGGGCAUCCACCGAACCGAGCCCAAACCCCAACAACAGAACCCGACGAUCCCGAUCCCAGAUUGACGGCCAAGCUCUGCUCUUCGCAUUCAAACCACGUAUGCACUGAUGGACUGCCAACUGCGAGCUUCAGAACAGCAUCCAUAAUGAACUGAAUAGUCACCGACACCGGCAGCCGUGUCGGUAUCGAGUGACCGGGGUUUGCAAGGUGCCAACUUGCUUGGUUCCUGGGCCACCAAGUUCGCGAUCGAGCCGCAGCUGCGAUGAUUCGACGGACAUGCGACCGGCGAAGCUGUCUCGGGUAUCGGUACCAGCGUUGACUGACCCAUGCACCAGCAUGUAUCAGCAAAGAGUACCCGCCCAAAAUACACAGCUUUUCAAGCCAAAAA